AUGGAAUGUCGCGGCUCUGGGUUGCAAUGCACACUGAGGACCCUCAAUGCAGAGCAGAAAGGAAAGUUGCUGAAGCGGGUGGAAGCAGAGAUCGAGGAGCUGAAGAAGGAUCCUCCUGCCGUCACUUACCUCCUUCAAGAGCAGGAAGCCGAAAGAUGCAAUGUCACAGAUCCGGAUCCGAUGGACCACGUCAAUGUUGGCGCCGCAUCCACAGGUGACUCGCAGAAGCCCCUGGCCAAGAGCAAGAAAGUCGUGAACUUGGAGAAGAAGCUCCGCGAGAUUGCCAGCCUGGAAGACAAGAAAAAGUCUGGCGAGUCAUUGGACAAGCUUCAAGAGUCCAAGAUCCAGAAGAAAAAAGAGAUCGAGGGACAGCUCCAAGCGGCCUUGGAAGAGCCAGUCCAAGACCAAGGCGCCGCCCUGCCGGCAGCCGGCACCGAGAUCCCGAUACCGGAUGGAGAUAGCGCGCUGCCGCCAGGGCCAGGUGCAAAUGCCAGCACGCGGCCUGCCACUGAAGGUCUUUACAUGUGCCACUGUAUCGAUGCAAUCCGGGGCCACGCCGGCAAGCAGCAGCGGCGGGCGAAAUACUUCAAGACUCAGAAUGGACAGUCAUGGCGAAAGGAAUACUGUGGGGCCUUCGCGGUGCAGAAACCGGUGACUACUUCGAAGACCAAAGACAAGGCCAAGUUCGAUCUUAUCCACGACUUCGAGUUCUUCCUUUGGUCAACUUGGCGGGACAACUUCGACGCCAUCAAAUGGAAGAUUUCGGAUGCAGUGAACGUCGACCGCGGAUCCUUCCACUUGGAGACGGAAGGCGGGGAAAGGCUUCCCUUUGACGCAGAUUGCAUCGACAUGCACGAGGAGCUCAGCAAAAGGGCUCAAAGCUGUCCGAUGCUUGAAGAGAAGCCCCUGGUGCGCAUCAAGAUAGUGGCCCAAAGCGUGAGCUGA